GGCAUGCAGUGAAUCCCAGCUGCCUGGAAACAAGGCUAAAUCACUAGAUUAUGGUGAGGAUGCUGAAAAAAGAUUAUGUACAGUGAAGCAUCAUGGGAAGGAGGCAACCAAAGCUACCAAGGAGAAUUCAUCUUAUUGGGUGUGGCUGACCGUCCAAAUUUGGAGAUGUUGCUCUUUUCCAUCAUCCUGAUCUGCUACACAAUGACUUUACUAGGAAACACAACCAUCAUUGUGGUCUCACGGCUGGACCCCCACCUCCACACCCCCAUGUAUUUUUUCCUCAGCAAUCUCUCUUUCCUGGACCUCUGUUACACCACCAGUCUUGAUCCUCAGAUGCUGGUGAACUUCUGGAGCAAAAGCAAGGCCAUCUCCUAUGCUGGCUGUGCUGCCGAACUGUUCAUAUCACUUGCUCUGGGUUCUGUAGAGUGUAUUCUAUUGGCUGCCAUGGCCUGUGACCGCUAUGCUGCAGUCUGUCACCCAUUACGCUACACUUCUAUUAUGAGUCCCUCUUUAUGUUUCAAAAUGGCUGCCAUCUCCUGGGUGAGUGGCUUCGGCAAUUCAGUAGCCCAGACCAUUAUGACUCUUAGGCUGCCACGGUGUGGACGUAACCGAGUGGAUCAUUUUUUUUGUGAGGUGCCCAUCUUAAUCAAAUUGGCCUGUGUUGAUACCACACUUAACGAGGCUGGGCUCUUUGUUGCCACUGUGUUGUUCCUUCUAGUACCUCUGGGCCUCAUCAUAAUCUCUUACGGCUACAUUGUGGCUGCUGUGCUGAGGAUUCGGUCAGCGGAGGGCAGGCGCAAGGCCUUCAACACCUGUGCCUCUCACUUGGUUGUAGUAUUGCUCUUCUAUGGUCCAGCCAUCUGCAGUUAUAUUCAGCCCCCAUCCAAUUCCAGCACCCGUGAUCGAGGCAAGAUGAUGUCCCUGUUCUAUACGUCUGUCACUACCAUGCUUAAUCCCCUCAUCUAUACCCUAAGGAACAAAGAAGUACACAGAGCUCUAAGAAGACUGAUCAACAGGAACUCAACAGCUUAG